AUGACCAGAAAGAAAGUGAAGCUUGCUUAUAUCACCAAUGAUUCAGCAAGAAAAGCAACCUUCAAAAAGAGAGAGAAGGGAUUGAUGAAAAAGGUGAGUGAGUUGAGCACCCUUUGCGGCAUUGAUGCUUGUGCUAUUGUGUACAGCCCCUACGACUCUCAGCCCGACGUCUGGCCCUCUCCCGUCGGUGUUCAACGCGUGCUGUCGAAGUUCAGGAAGAUUCCGGAGAUGGAGCAGAGUAGAAAGAUGGUGAAUCAAGAGAGCUUCCUUCGACAGAGGAUAGUCAAGGCGAACGAGCAGCUCAAGAAGCAGAGGCAGGAUAAUCGGGAGAAGGAGAUGAUUCAUGUCAUGUUCCGGAGCCUAACAGGGGAAUCGCUUCAGGGCUUGAACAUGAUGGAUCUCAACGAUCUCGGAUGGUUGAUUGAUCAGAACCUGAAGGAUCUUCACAAGGCUUAUGAGUCAUAUGAUAAGAAUGUGAAUGAUACGACUGCUCGAGUAGCUCCUACACCAACACCAUCACCACCGUCACCGCCACCACCGUCUGCGAUGGAGUUCGAGGAGCUUUUGGUUGAUCAAAAGCCAGUGACAAGUUUUGGGAUGAACAUGCAGAAACAACAAUGGCCUAUGGAUAUGCUGAACACUCAAGGUAAGAAGACGGAGACAUGGCCAGCGGUUGGGGAGGAUAUGAUUUUUCCAUUUGUGGAAACUCAACCGAAUGCUUUAUGGUCCAAUGGAUUUUUUCCUUGAGGAAGAUACAUUGGAUCAUCAAAUAUAUUUUUCUUA